UAACGAACGUGGCUUUGCGCACCGCAUGUCAAAAGAAGAAAAGAAAAAAACAAACUUUCUCAUCUGAAAUCUCUCCGAUAUUUUCUUUUUCUUCUCAAAUCAUUCUAAUUUUCUCUCUGUUUCCUUUCUUGUCUUUUUUCUAAUCUUUGCUUUAAAAAAUCUAAGCUCUUCCGCAUCUUCCCCCAAAAGUAUCUUCAUUUCGCAAUUUGCUUCAAAAAAUUUUGGAAUUUUCGUUUGAAAACGCUACACUUCUCUCUUUUUUCAGGUUUUUUUUUAAUUGUUGUUGUUAAGAAAAUUUGAAGAUGGCGAAGGACGGCAAAGCUGCAACGGAAAAAGUACCGGCGGUUGCGAAUCCGUUAAGCGAAAAGCCAACGGAAAUCGCAUCGAAUAUCAAUUACCACGCGCAGUUCAAUCCUCAUUUCUCGCCGUUCAAGUUCGAGCCAGAGCAAGCCUUUUUUGGUACAGCCGAGAGCGUUCGCGAUCGUCUCAUCAAACAAUGGAAUGAAACUUUCCUUCACUAUCACAAAGUUGAUCCGAAACAAACUUAUUAUUUAUCAAUGGAAUAUCUUCAAGGACGAGCUUUGACUAAUGCGAUUGGGAAUCUCAACAUUCAAGACGCUUACGCCGAAGCUUUGAAUAAGUUAGGACAUGAACUCGAAGAGAUUGUUGAGCAGGAGAAAGAUGCUGCACUUGGAAAUGGUGGUUUGGGAAGGCUUGCUUCUUGUUUUCUCGAUUCCAUGGCUACGUUGAAUUUACCUGCUUGGGGAUAUGGAUUAAGGUAUAAAUAUGGGCUUUUCAAGCAGCGGAUCACCAAACAAGGACAAGAGGAAAUUGCUGAGGAUUGGCUUGAGAAGUUUAGUCCUUGGGAGGUUGUUAGGCAUGAUAUAGUGUUUCCUGUCAGAUUCUUUGGUCGUGUUGAGGUUAAUCCAGAUGGGUCUCGAAAAUGGGUUGGAGGAGAGGUAAUGCAAGCUCUGGCUUAUGAUGUUCCAAUUCCAGGAUACAAAACCAAGAAUACAAUUAGUCUUCGCCUCUGGGAAGCAAAAGCUUGUGCUGAGGAUUUCAAUCUGUUUCAGUUUAAUGACGGACAAUAUGAUUCUGCUGCAAAGCUUCAUUCUGGAGCUCAACAGAUAUGUGCUGUUUUAUAUCCUGGAGAUGCUACUGAAAAUGGGAAGCUUUUACGUCUGAAACAGCAAUUUUUCCUCUGCAGUGCAUCAUUGCAGGACAUUAUUCUCAGAUUCAAGGAGCGAAGAAGUGGAAAGGGCUCAUGGCAAUGGUCUGAAUUUCCCAGCAAGGUUGCUGUACAACUGAAUGAUACUCAUCCUACUCUUGCAAUUCCUGAGCUGAUGCGGUUACUAAUGGAUGAUGAAGGACUUGGGUGGGAUGAGGCAUGGGAUGUGACAACAAGGACAAUUGCUUAUACCAAUCACACUGUCCUUCCUGAAGCACUUGAGAAGUGGUCACAACCUGUAAUGUGGAAGCUCCUUCCUCGUCACAUGGAAAUCAUAGAAGAAAUUGACAAGAGGUUCCUUGCAAUGAUAAAUGCCACCCAUCCUGACCUUGAGCAUAAGCUUCCUAGCAUGCGCAUCUUGGAUCAUAAUUCCCAGAAGCCUGUUGUGAGGAUGGCAAACUUAUGUGUGGUAUCUGCACAUACGGUGAAUGGUGUAGCCCAGCUGCAUAGUGACAUCUUAAAGGCUGAGUUGUUUGCAGAUUAUGUCUCUAUAUGGCCCUCCAAGUUCCAAAACAAGACUAAUGGCAUUACUCCUCGUCGAUGGCUUCGGUUUUGCAGUCCAGAGCUCAGUAACAUAAUCACCAAGUGGUUAAAAACUGACCUUUGGGUGACCAACCUUGACCUGCUUUCUGGUCUUCGAAAAUUUGCCGAUAAUGCAGAUUUUCAAAAUGAAUGGGCGUCUGCUAAGAUGGCUAAUAAACAACGUUUGGCACAGUACAUAUUGCGUGUAACAGGAGUAAGCAUUGAUCCAAACAGUUUAUUUGACAUACAAGUCAAGCGUAUUCAUGAAUACAAGAGACAGCUGCUGAACAUUUUGGGUGCAAUCUAUAGGUACAAGAAGUUAAAGGAGAUGAGUCCUGAGCAGCGGAAAAACACAACUCCCCGCACUGUUAUGAUUGGAGGGAAAGCAUUUGCUACAUAUACAAAUGCUAAAAGAAUAGUCAAAUUGGUGAAUGAUGUUGGUGAAGUAGUCAACAGUGAUCCUGAAGUCAAUAGUUAUUUGAAGGUGGUAUUUGUUCCAAACUAUAAUGUAUCUGUAGCUGAAAUGCUUAUCCCAGGAAGUGAGCUUUCCCAGCAUAUUAGUACUGCAGGCAUGGAGGCUAGUGGGACAAGCAACAUGAAAUUUGCUUUAAAUGGCUGCCUCAUAAUAGGAACACUGGAUGGGGCUAAUGUGGAAAUCAGAGAGGAAAUAGGAGAGGAGAAUUUCUUUCUUUUUGGUGCAAGAGCAGAUGAAGUCCCUAGGUUGCGCAAGGAAAGAGAGAAUGGAUUGUUCAAACCUGAUCCUCGGUUUGAAGAGGCCAAGCAAUACAUAAGAAGUGGAGCAUUUGGAAGUUAUGAUUACAACCCACUUCUUGACUCUUUAGAGGGUAACUCAGGUUAUGGUCGAGGUGAUUAUUUCCUUGUUGGUCAUGACUUCCCAAGUUAUAUGGAUGCUCAAGCAAAAAUUGAUGAAGCUUACAAGGAUCGGAAGAGGUGGCUAAAGAUGUCUAUACUAAGCACCGCUGGCUGUGGCAAGUUCAGCAGCGAUCGGACUAUAACUCAGUAUGCUAAGGAAAUCUGGAACAUAGAGGAAUGCCGCGUACCAUAGUCCCUACUAGUCUCAGUGCUCAGGCUUUUAUAGUAGUGAAAGCAUAUGAGAAAAUAAAAAAAAAGGAUUUACAUUCCAAAGUCAUCGUCUUUAGCAGACAAAAAUAAGCCAGACGCCCUGCUUCUUGAUUUCACUACACGUAAUAAACUAAGAUGCUCUGUUUUACUAAAUAACGUUUACUGUUGUUUGUUUGAAUCAUAUUGGAAUUUUAGUUUCGGUAAUCAAAAUUCAAUCUAUGAACAAUCUCAGUAAAAAAUA